CAUUUAAGUUCUUCCUAACCACGUGGUUUCGCAUAUUUUACUGUUAUGAGUGGUAUUUGAAUCUAAUAACUUUAUAAAGAUUAUUUAAAAUCAUGACAUCUCUUGCAGAAGAAAUAGCUGCACUUAUAAAUCCAGCACCGACAUUAAUAGAACCGGAAGAUAAUGUAGAUUUUGAUACUAAAGCUACUGUUGUUGAAAAAUAUGAAGAAGACGAUAUACCAGUUCAUCAAAGUCAAUUAAGAAAGAAAACUGCUCAAAUAAAUUUAGGCUCAAAAUAUGCCGGCAAAAAGAUAUCUAGAAAGAAGCUACAGGAGGAAUAUUCUGAAUUAGAAUCAAUUAGUGAUGUGGAUGAGGAGGAAGAGGUUGAUGAUGAUGAUGAUGAUGAUGAUGACAAUGAUGAUGAUGAAUAUGAAACUGAAGACCUUCUACAAGAUAAAAGAAUUUCUUCAAAAAAACAAUUUUUAAGUGAUAGAGAAAGAUUAUCUGAAGAUCUUGAGAAUAUUGUGGAUGAGGAUAUUGAAAGUGAUCUGGAUGAAGAGGAAGAAGAUAAAAGUGAGGAAUCUAUUGAUGAAGAGGAGGAGGAGGAAGAAGACGAUGAUGGAGAUGAUGAUGAUAUGGAUAUUGUGCAGAAGUUUUCUAAGAUUGAUGUUGGUGAAGAAAUUGAAAAAGGAAAAGCUGUUNAUGGAGAAGAUGAAAAGAAAAUAUUUUUAUCAUUAUGGGAUUGUCUUCUCGAAUGCAGGAUCAAGUUGCAGAAACUUUUGGUCGUCACUAAUAAGCUUCCUCAACCAGAUAAAUUUAACUGUUUUCUUGAAGAAGGAGAUGUCGACUAUAAUGAUUUUACAAAACAAGGUAGUUCUUCAGUUAAAAAGCUUUUAGACUUGUUAAUUGAGGUUCAGACUAAAUUGCUACAAAAAAAUUCAGAAACUAGAUACAUACUUGAUGAUAAAUCUCAGAAAGUAAAAAGGAAUAGUGAUGAAGAAAUUAGUGGAAGCAGUGAAAAAGAAAGCGAUGCUGACGAAACAGAUGGAGAUCAACGUGUUGGCAAGAGAAAACUGACUGUUGAUGAAUAUCCUGAAUUUUUGAAUAAGAGACACAAAAACUUCACAUCAUUUAGGAAUUCCACGAUUCAAAAAUGGAAUGAAAAGACAAAAGUCGCAUCUAGUAAAUUAAAUCAAAGUUCUUUUAAUGCAUUUGAACAGUCUGCUUUGAAACAAAUUGAACAGAUACUCAGUGAUAAGCCACGGCUUAUAAGUAGAACUCAACUGAAAAGAUCUACUUACAGAAUAUUGGGGAAAGAAGAAAAAAAAGAAGAGGUGGAGACUUCUGAAUCCGGAAAGGAGAAACUUCCUUUGCAAGAUCAUCGCAUAAAAGAUUACAAUUAUGAUGUCGAAAUAUUUGAUGAUGACGAUUUUUAUCAUCACUUAUUAAGAGAAAUAAUAGAGAGGAAAACUGUUGAUAUUAAUGAUCCCAUAGCAUUAAGCAGGCAAUGGUUAGAGAUACAAAAACUCAGAAGUAAAAUGAAAAAAAAAGUAGACACGAAAGCCAGCAAAGGACGGAAAAUCAGGUUUGGAGUUCAUUCAAAAAUGGUUAAUUUUAUGGCACCUGUUGACAAUUGCACAAUGACUGAUGAAGCAAAAAAUGAAUUAUUUCGUUCUCUAUUCGGAAGAAAAAAUUGA